AUGAAAUUCUUAACCAUCUUUUUAAUUAUUGUUGUAUUAUUCUCUGGCCUUAUCUCUGCUACCGCAAACAAGGAAAAAUGUGAAUCUUGUAAGAAUGCCAUUAAAACAGUUGACAGCAAACUCCCAGGCAAAAGAUCCAGAGAAAUGGUUGAGAACUAUCUUACACAAGCAUGUACCCAAGUAACCGGUGUUGCUCCAUUACCACAACUUCCUGUUCAACUUCCAUUACCUGUUUGUUCAUUACCAACUGUUCAUAGAAGUGAAAUUGUUCAAGGUUUACUUGAAAAGAAAGAGUAUACUUCAAUUUGUAAAAAUGCCAAUUUGUGCUAA